CCCGCCUCAGCUGGCCACACUCCGCCCCAUUUUUAAGCCCAGAAACGCCUUCGCUCUGCAGUACGUAUUUGACUCGGCUAACACCAGGCGGCUAAGAGUGUAGAGUUAGCUCGGCCGCGCAAGCACUAGUUCCCCGCUCGAACGUGAUUUCGCCCCUUGGUAUAUGAGUACAUGUGUACAUAUGUGCGCACGGUAAAUAAGGCAGGAAAAGCCCAAAGCCACGGAGUUCGGAUUGCGUUUUGUUUUGCGUAGCAUUGCACCUGUGCAGUGGAAAAUCGUGAAUUCAGUGCAACUGUGGCGCUUGUGUGGGUGAGGGGUGUCUGUUUGCGGAAGUGUGUGUGGGUAGUGCCUUUUUAUUUCCGAUUUUGUCGGAGAGUAUGAGUAUCCAGCAAUCUGAGUUGUUGCAAUUACGGCGCGGCGGAAAAUAGUUUUUCUCGCUCACAAAUACCUGCAUAAACAACGUCAGUGCAACAACUACGACUGCCUUAAACGGCUAACAGCAAAAGCAAUAGCACAGGCUACAGCAAAAACUGCUACAACAACAGUUCUAACAGCAGUGCACAGGCAAACACGUUUUGGUUUUUAUUUUCUGGCCCGCGUUUGCUGGUGUGUGUGGGUGCGGCGCUGUGUGCGUGUGUGUACGUGUGUACGUGUUGCUCGGCCGAGUAUAGAAAUUUCUAAUGAUUUUUGGCCCGUUCACGAAAAUCAGCUCCAAACAACAACAACAACAAUUGGACUCUGCAGUGGCUGUUUCAAGUAAUUUGCUGGCGUUUGAAGUUUUUAUAAUUGAAUGCCGAAAACCAACUGUAACCGCAGUCAUAACACAACUAAAGAAACAACUAACGGCGACCAGAGCAUCGAAUUUUAUUGGUUUAAUGCAGCCUUUAGAAAAGUCAGAGAAAGAAUCCUAAAACUGCUUCGUAUGCUUUCAGCUAAUGAAAUUGACUACAUCCGAGGACCUCGCCCGAUGUGCGUGGUGCAUCGCCUUUGAAUCGAAUUCGGAGAUAUGGUGAGUCAUUGACCAGAGGCCAAGGAACCCGCGUAGAAGUUUGCUGUCAUGUGAGCAGAGAUCUGUCAACAAACACAACAUUCAACGGAGGGCGGAUAGGAAAAGAGUAGAGCACACGACAGAUAUCCACAGACACGUUGCACCAUCAAGGAGCUCCAAAUGGAGGCCACUGAUCAGGAGGUCGUGCUGGAGGGCAGGGAAGACCUCAUGUCCACAUCGGCCACAUCGUCCACGAAUGGCGGGGACUCAAAUGGUUGCGGCAAAAAAUUGUCCGUAACCUCGCCGGAUCCCACACCGUACGUGACCAAGCAGCGGGUGACGCGGCCCACGCCUCCCGCUCCUUCGAAGAACCCGAUGCAGUUCGUCCAGAUCAAGCCCUGCAACCUCUAUCAAACCGCACAGGAGCAGCUGAAGAAGGCCGAGGAGGUCAAGAAGCUUAAGGAGGUGAAGAAGGAGGAGCCAGAGGAGUGGCAGAACAACCUUGACAAUUGGAAAUCAUCAAGACGAAAACGUGUCGAACACAUCAUCGAUCGAGCGGUGGAGACAAAGAAACUCGAACUGGAGGAGCAUGAUCGCUUGCGCCGAAAAUCGAAAACAUUCACCGAAAUGAUGGAGGAGAGGGCUGGAAGGGGCGGACCUCGGGGACGUGCCAAGCUGGCUUCUCUGGCCGUAUACAACGAGGAUGAGACGAACGACCUGAGCGAUCUGGGGAUCGGAACCAGCAGUGCCAGCGGAAAGAGCAGCCUGUCAGAGGACUAUGACAAUAACAGUGUUAUGAGCGACCAUGCGGCGGCGCUGGAUAAGGCGAUUGGAGUAGCUUGCUCUGGAGAUACUGGAGUAACCGCCCAAAACGUAGACGAGCAGCUGAAUCACAUAAACCGCAACGGCAGCAAUGGGAACCACAGGAACGGAGGGGCUGUUGGCCAGCCGGGACCAUCGAGUUCCUCCAAAUCAGCAGGGCGGGAAUACAUCUCCUCUCCAGGAUACGACACGUCCUCCAGUAACGCGCAAGCUAGUUCUCCGGAUCUCUGUGAAUACACCUACGAGGGAGCCAUCCAGGACUACAAGCAAAGAGUUCAACGGGCCAGCAGCAAUGGCAAUGGAAACGCCAACGGCAAGGCGAUCGCAGAGCCCGUUGCUUAUCCCACAAGGCGAGGCUCUAAAAUUGAGGAUCGAUUAAGUGGUUUUGAGGUGACAUCGCCAAGCGACACACAGGAGGGUGUAGAGAAGCAAAAGGUGGACGUGCCCAAGGUGGACAUAUCCAAACGCAAGGAGAUCUUCGAGCAGGCCAAGGCUGAAGUCUCCAACGAAGGUGCUCCUGCUGCCCCAAAACUGGUACUUCGUGAUGGUUUUACCAAUGGAAAUUCAUCUCCCACUACCUCGGAAGUGAGGCGUCUUUCUGGUGACAUCUCCAGCAUUCGAGAUCGCAUGCAGAGCUUGGAACAGCAGCGAAAGGCUUUCAGUUCCAGCAAGAGCGUGGAUGUGCCGGUGCCGCCUCUUAAGCAGCGGUUAAGCAGUCUACAACAGUCCGUUGCCAAAGAGGAGCAGAAGAAGCCCCCGUUGGUUGCGCUCAUCGAUGCCAGACAACUGGAGAUCAUGAGGGGAGAAGAGGAACGUAUGCGCCAGCAGCAGCAACUGAAAGAGAAGCAUACUCUACAAACCCAAACCACUUUGUGUGCAUCUACGCCAGCUCCUCCUGCCCUAAUUGUAGAGGAACCGCCGGUGGCAGAUACCAACGAUGACAGCGGCAUUCAGGAGGACACAACUGAUGAGCUACACCAACAGCAGCAACUCAACGCAGCCAUCGCCGCCUUGGCCCUCGAGGAGCUCCAGUUAGAGGAGGCAGCCAAUGCGGUCAACCAAAUUGAAGCGGAGUUCGAUGAGCUGACUGAUCGGUAUCCCUCGCCACUGCCACCAGCUCUUCCGUCGGUUCAACAAAGCAUCCAUCAAUCGACAGCCGCUCAGGUUCCAGCACAAGCGGUCAAUCAGGCGGCUGCUCCUCCAUUGCGGGACAUGGAAUUUAGUAUCAACGAAGCUCUUGAAUUGGCGCUGCAAGCUAUUGAUCGCGAGGCGACCACCAAGCCAAUGGACAAGGCACACCAUCCACAGAAGCAGGAGGAGAAGGAAGAGUUGAGAGAUCAGCCAGAGGAGCAGGAGCCAAUUUGCGAGGAGCGGCACGAGGAGGAGUCCAAUGAGCAGGGGGAAUCAUACACCGAGGGUGGGGAAAUGCCAAAUAAAACCGAUAAGCAGAUGCAGGGGGGACGAGAGCCCAUCUAUGAGAAUGUCAGCUCGACUAUAUCUAUGCAUGAAGUAGAUAAUGAACAGAUAGCAACGAUGACGAUAACCACACAGACCCAAGCGACGCGGAGAAGUCACAGGAGAAGCAUUCCAAACAAGCCAACCAGCCACAAUAACGAGAAUAAUCAAAGCCCUAAUCAAACCAACAACAGCAGGAAUCAAAAAGAGAGCAGCACAGCAGCAACAUCGGCAACAUCGGCAAUAUCAGCAGCGACCCCCGUGCCACCAACAAACCCGGGGGAACAACCAGAGCCGUACUACCAAGUGCCGAAGGCCGCGGAGCCCUAUUACGAUGCCCCUAAGCAUUUGAGGCCGGUUCCCGUCUACGAAAAUGUCGAGAUCUUCUACUCGGCCCUGGAGAUUAGUCAGGAAUCUGUGGGGGCGCCAGUAGGGCUGAUGCAGCCACCCAAGGAGAAGCCACCACCUCCGCCCACCGAGAGUCCGAUUCCGUUGGACGAGGGCCACGUCGACGAGCUGGAUGGAUUGGGCAGCAGUCUUGGCCACAACACAGACACCUGGUCAUCGGACAAUACCUACGAGACCAUAUCGAACGGCACCCGCCGGCACCUUCAGGGACAACCCGCCCAGCCUUCUCCGCCCAUCAAGCGGAUGAACUCGACCAAACGCAUCAAAAAGGAGUUGCGCAACAAGCGCUCCAGCUUCCUGGGCAUCGAAACCGACGGCGAUCUCGACGACAUGGAAACCUAUCUCGAGCUCACAGUGGCCCCGCCGCCGGAUAUGGCGCAGCUCUUGCAGGAGGAGCGCCGACUGGAGAAGCAGCUGUACAUCAAGGCGGGACUCUGCGACAGUUCCGACACAGGUGAAAGUCGCGAUUCUGGAGUUUCGGAAAACCAUUCGCGUCAGAGCAGUGAGCACUACACGAACUCCUCCGAGGAGAACGAUACACAGUCAGAGGCCACGCCUCCGCCAUUGCCUCCGCCACCGUCGACCGCCCAAGUGGGUGAAGUCAUAUACCAAAAUGAGAGCCUCUUGGCUGCCCAGACGCCGCUUCUGCAGACGGCCAAGGGAAACUCGGCCGAGUCCUGGACAGAAUCAGCGACGGCCGCAGCUGCGGCCACCCAAUCUUUGAGCGAAGCUACAGCAACGGCCAACGCCAAGAUGCAGUCCAUCGAGGAUAAGAUCCGGGAGCAGGGAGAGAUGUUGCGGGUGGAACGCGAGCUACUGCAUUUCUCGCAGGAGGAACUGAAACGGCAACGUGAGAAUCUUGUGCUUCGAGAAAAUAUUGCGCGUCGAGAGUUGCAACACGGAGCCAAGAUGCUGAUGUCGAACAACCGGCGCUCGCUGCAGGAUCUGCACCACGGCCUAGGAAUCGGAAACGGAAUGUUAAGUGCCUUCCAACCAUCGCAACACCACCAGGUUCCAAUGCCACCACUGCACUCGCAGCAGAUUUACGCCAAUGUUCCGCAGCAUCAGCAGCAGGUGGCUUUGCAUGCAUAUCACCAGAUGGACACGGACUACCGCAAGUCCAUGUCAGAUCUGAACGAGUUCUCCAACUGCCUGAUGCUGCCGCCAACGCCGCCCACAAAGCCUUUGAGGGCCAUGCAAUUGAACGCCAGUGGUCAUGGCCUAGAACCAGAUUAUGCGGUUAGCACGAGGCAGCGCCAACAACCGGCUCCGUACGGUGGCUCUCUGGUGAAGAUUGCUGGAACACCAAUACCGCCACGGCUCCCUGGUCAAGGAUAUGCCGUCCAAGCGCCGGCAGCGGCAGCGGCAGCUUACCAUCACCAGUCGACCCAAAACUUGAGCAAUAUGUCCAGGAACACACUGCUCGCUUUGAGUGCCACCCCAAAACCAAAGUACGCGGACGGGUGGGUGCAGGUGCGAAAGAGUUCCGACAGCCAACAGAGCAGCGAUGUGGCUUGGUUGUCGGCCCAGCAGCAAAAACGCAAAUCCAUGCCGGACUACGGCGGAGCACUCUACAAUAACAACCACUGGCUACUCCAGGAGGCGGAGCAGCGACGCAUCGAGCAACUUAAUCGGCUGUCUAUGCCGGCCGGCAAGUCGAUGGCCAAGCCGCUGCCCGAUUCCAUUAUACAAACUCUGACGGAGCGGGUCCAAAGCAAAGGAAUCGGCGAUAGGAAGCGUUUCGAUAGCAACGGCAACUAUAGCAAGGCAAAUGGCAACAAUGUCUACCAGCAACAGCAGAAGAAUGUCACGAACGGCAGCAGCAUCAAUGGCAACAGCAGUCAGGGGCAGGAGAAGGUGCUCAGCGUCAGUGGCAAGAAGAAGUGCUCCCAUUGCGGUGACGAAUUAGAUCUGGGCUGCACCCACGACAAUUGUCGGCAGGUGCACAAAGCGCUCAAAUAUAUUGUAUGGGUGUAAUUUGAAAAGGACUAGCUUAACAGUUUGAAAUAUUUUAGGCCGCGGCGCUGCCAUGAUCAUCGAGUCGCUUCUGCUGUUCUACCACAUCAACUGCUUCAAGUGUUGCGUCUGCCACGUCCAGCUGGGAGAUGGCCUCAAUGGAACCGAUGUCCGUGUGCGAAACCACAAGCUGCACUGCCAAAACUGCUACUCCAGCGAUGACGGCAUUAAGUUCAGCUGCGUCUAACUGAGCUCUCGCGCAGGGAAACGGAAGUCGACUUUAAAAUAGAAUUGGGGUUGUUGUUGCUCUGUUGCUUUUGCAACAUUGAUUGUUGUUGUUGUACUAGUAAUACAUAAAUAUUAAAUAGAGAUGAUAAAUCGCGUGUUCACAUAUAUACACUACAUAUAUCUACAUAUUCUGAGAACAAAGUCAAAUCCAAUAUGCUUCAGAUUAGUGUUAAUCUCUUCUAUAUGCAUCCGUACGAAAUUUAAUGUUUUUAGCUAAGAUUUUAACAUUUUAUACAACAUAUUCUAAAUGUUUGAAAAUCCAACGCUAUGCAUUUCAUAUGUUUAAAAGCCAAGCUCUUAAAAUGUUACUUCAUGACAAAGUUAGAUUCACAUUUCAACUGAAAUGUGUGUUGAAACGUAAAAGAAAAAUCAAAAAGGAAAAACUCCAAACAAACAGUUGUUUUGAAAUUGUAUUGUAUUUAAAUUUACAACUCAUUCUGACGUUUCCUUUUCGCGCCCGAGAAUUCUCUUGUUUAUAAAUUUAACUUUUUGUACACGCCCACUUAGAAUACCUAACGACGUAUCCAAUGUACCUAAAACUAUAUACAAACACCCAUCCACACGCAACUCACUAACAUAAGUUCAUAUUAUUAUAUACAUACCUUUAAACUUCAUGGGAGGAGCAUAUAACGUGAAAGAUGUAAUUUCUAAUAUCCGUUAUUUUUAUUUAUUGUAAUUACGCAUAAAGUUAAAAAUUUGUAUAUUCUACACACAUCUUGGAUUGUAUGAUUACCUUAUAAACAUGAUCGGUAUAUGAAUAAUUUUUCUGCUUAAAUACAUCAAAGAAGAUAUAUUAA